GCAAAUGCUGCACCGACCACAGGAAUCACUAGACUCAAUAUUACAACCCCCGGAAGACCCAACGCUACACAGCAAACAGGAAUUGCUAGUGGGAACAUAACAUUGGUGGAAGAAUCUAACGAUUUCGUUGGACUUACAAAUGAAAGUUCAGUAUUCAACGCUUCUAACGAGACUUAUAAUCUAAAUUCGAUCAAUACUACAACCUCCGACCAAUAUCCUGCACUGACUCUAGGAAUCACUGGACUCAAUACUACAACCCCCGGAAGACCUAACGCUACACAGCAAACAGGGAACUUAACAGUGGUGGAAGGAUCUAACGAUUUCGUUGGACUUACGAAUCAAAGUUCAUUAAUCAGCGCUUCUAACGAGACCAAUAUUCCGGGACUGGCCGAAACUUCUGAUCUUAGUUCGGCAAAUGCUCCCUACCAAAAUUCUUCACCGACUACAGGACUUACUGGCGAGAACGUUAUAUUAGUUGAAGGAUCUAACGAUGAGAGAGUAAUUAGACCAACGCAUGAAAAUUCAUUGAGACGAAGCUCAAGGCAGCUUUUACAACACAAAUAUAACAAAAUAGGAGACCUAGCAAGAAUGAACAUGGGAAACAUAACUUAUAAAUGUUACAGCGUGCGCGUCAAAGGCAAAAAUAAGGUGCAAAUCAACAAAGGUUGUGUGGCAAUGCGACCGGAACAGAACGCUUGUGCUCUAUUGGCAGACAAGUACGGCGCAGAGGCUUUAGAAGGCUGCCAAGUGUGCUUGGAGGGGAAAUGUAACCGUAGCUAUGGAAAUGCGUUGAGGUAUUCAGCGAAGAUCUGGACGUUAACUAUGUCAAUUGGUUGGCUGAUUGGCGCGGUUAUGAAUUGCCUUUUUUCAAAUAGCUGUACACCAGCUUAAUUGUACAACUAA